AUUUGGCAGGCGGCGUGCGCGGAUCAGAGAAUUAGAACCCAGAGAGUGUAUUGGCAUCACUUGCUCUUGCUUUACAGUUGUUUUUGACAGGAGAGCGAAAAAAAAGCGACAGCCGAACCGAAAGUGUCAUAUAUCCCCAUCUCGCUCCAUCUCCGUUUUCGUAAUUGCGCUUGCGCCAAGUGCAAGGAAUAUAGAAACCGAUAUAGAAAUCGCGGCGAAAUCGGCAAAAAAAAAAAACGAAGAGUUAAGUGCGCGCGCGCUAUUAUAAGAUUUAAGGAUCCGGCGGUGUUGUCCUUUAACUCGUAACCGUGGCGAAGGAACUGGCCAGCUUGUUAACGCAGCAGCAGACCAACAGUCCCGAGAUGACACAACAACCACAAUGGGGCAUAAGCCUAUCGAGGUACUUCGUGAUCCCUCAGCGAGUGAUCCUGGCCAUCAUGGGCUUCCUGGCCAUCCUAAAUGCCUACACAAUGCGCGUCUGUCUUUCGCAGGCCAUUACGGUGCUGGUCAUCAAGAAGAACUCCACGGACGACGACUCUGAAGCUAUUUGCGAACCCGAUAACCUGGACGAGGGCACAAGCAAUGGCGGCAACUUUGACUGGUCCGAGGAGCUUCAGGGGUUGAUCCUGUCCUCCUUCUACAUCGGUUACAUUGUUACGCACAUUCCCGGCGGUCUGCUGGCCGAAAAGUUCGGUGGUAAAUGGACCCUGGGCAUUGGCAUCCUCUCCACCGCCGUGUUCACCAUGCUGACGCCUCUGGCCAUCGAAAAAGGUGGCUCCGACUGGCUGAUCGUGACCCGUGUUCUGAUGGGUCUGGGCGAGGGAACCACUUUUCCCGCUCUGAGUGUCCUGCUGGCUGCCUGGGUGCCGGCCAACGAACGUGGAAAGCUUGGUGCUCUGGUGCUGGGUGGUGGUCAAGUGGGCACCAUCAUGGGCAACCUGUUGUCGGGAGUGUUUAUCGACGCCUACGGCUGGGAGUUUGUGUUCUACUUCUUUGGCGGUCUGGGUUGUAUCUGGUUUGCCAUCUUUGUCUUCCUCUGCUACAGCGAUCCCGUUUCGCAUCCCUUCAUCAAGCCCAGCGAGCGCGAAUACCUGACCAAUGAGAUCGGCACCAUUAGUCGCAACGAGAACCUGCCCCCCACACCGUGGACGGCCAUUCUCACGAACCUGCCCAUGUUUGCCCUGGUGGCCGCCCAGAUUGGUCACGAUUGGGGCUUCUACAUCAUGGUGACUGAUCUGCCCAAGUACAUGGCCGACGUGCUUCAGUUCUCGAUCAAGGCCAACGGCCUGUACUCCUCGCUGCCCUACAUCAUGAUGUGGAUCGUGUCGGUGGGCAGUGGCUUCGUGGCCGACUUCUUGAUCCGCAAGGGAGUGAUGAGCACGACCAACACCCGAAAGUUUAUGACGGGCCUGGCCGCCUUCGGUCCGGCCAUCUUUAUGGUGGGCGCCUCGUACGCCGGCUGCGAUCGAGUCCUCGUCGUGGUGCUCUUCACCAUCUGCAUGGGAUUGAUGGGCGCGUACUACGCUGGCAUGAAACUCAGUCCUCUGGACAUGAGUCCCAACUAUGCUGGCACCUUGAUGGCCAUCACCAACGGAAUUGGAGCCAUCACUGGAGUGAUAACUCCCUAUCUGGUGGGCGUGAUGACACCAAAUGCCUCGCUGCUGGAGUGGCGUCUUGUGUUCUGGGUGGCUUUCGGUGUGCUCUGCAUCACGGCCGUCAUCUACUGCGUCUGGGCAUCCGGAGAGGUGCAGCCGUUCAACAACCCACCCAUCCAGCCGCGCACCGUGGACUUUGAGGCGCAGGAGCGCAAGUACGGUGCCGGAAAGUCGAGGGGUAUGGCGCACAGCUCUUAGGGCGGAUCGCCAACGAAAGUGCCAUAUAUAUACAUUGUAAUCUAGUUAAAAUGCUGCCUAUGUGGAUUCGUGAACCGGGAACGGGCGAUCCCAAGGCCAUUGUCACUGUACUGUAUACGCCGUGGCUGCUGUUCAGAUUGCUAGUUUUAUAGUAUUCCCGAUCCCGAUCCCGAUCCCGAUCCCGAUCUGGCCGAUCCCUGGCAGAGGCGACAACCAACUAAUUUAAGCGAAUUUACUUACACUCCCGAACGUGGGCCGUGUACUUCUAUGUGUAUUCCUGUCCUGGUUGGGAUGGCCAUAAAGUUGCCUUAGCCGCGCACGCCACGUACUCUCUUAAUUAUUAUUUAGUAUUUAAAUGAAAAGCGAUUUCACGUUUAGGAUUUAGUGUACACAGAGCUCGUAUUGCCGUUUUGUUAAUCAAAUGAUGAAAUAAUUUGUACAUUUUAGAUUGUUGAUCAAUGUGUAAAGUGAAACGUGUUUUUAACUGUUCCAUUAAGACAUUAUUGUUUUUAUGACGUUAGUCAAAUAAAGUGUAUAAAGCAAAUUAAAAUAUAAA